CAGAGGAGAACCACAGAGGAGAACCACAGAGGAGAACCGCAGAGGAGAACCGCGAGGAGAACCACAGAGGAGAACCACAGAGGAGAACCACAGAGGAGAACCACAGAGGAGAACCGCAGAGGAGAACCGCAGAGGAGAACCGCAGAGGAGAACCACAGAGGAGAACCACAGAGGAGAACCGCAAGGAGAACCGCGAGGAGAACCACAGAGGAGAACCGCAGAGGAGAACCGCAAGGAGAACCGCAGAGGAGAACCGCAAGGAGAACCGCAGAGGAGAACCACAGAGGAGAACCGCAGAGGAGAACCACAGAGGAGAACCGCAGAGGAGAACCACAGAGGAGAACCACAGAGGAGAACCACAGAGGAGAACCACAGAGGAGAACCGCAGAGGAGAACCGGUUCCAGCAGGUUCCACCAGGAUCCUCCACAGUGUUCUUCAUAACGAGGCUCGGCGCUCGGGUCCCUUCAGAACCAGGGAGAACCCGCUGGAGAACCCCCCUGUACGGACACGCCCCCUCCGGCCGGGACGGUCACACUGCCAGACUCUCAAAGCGGUCGCCAUGGAAACCACAGCGCCCCGCAGGUUAAAGGUCAGACCAGCAGGGUGUGCUGUCACUGGACCUGGACCUGGACCUGGACCUGGUGCUCAGACUGGACUUGCCUGUCCUCCCCUCGGCCUGGAGUCCCUCCGGGUGGACGACAGUCAGAUGCGGGCGUCCUCCUACGAGCGGACGGGUCUGGGUCCUCACAGAGGGAGGCUGAACAUCCAGUCCGGCCUGGAGGACGGGGACCUGUACGACGGGGCCUGGUGCGCGGCGGCCCGGGACCGGGACCAGUGGCUGGAGGUGGACGCCCUCCGUCCCACGCUCUUCACCGGGGUCGUCCUGCAGGGGCGGAGCUCCAUCUGGAGCUGGGACUGGGUGGAGUCCUACAAGCUGCAGCUGAGCAACGACUCGGAGACGUGGUGGACGGUUCUGGACGGCGGCCGGGAGGCGGUCUUUGAAGGGAACCGGAACCCAGAAACCCCGGUUCUGGGCCUCCUGCCGGUUCCCACCGUGGCCCGGUUCAUCCGCAUCAACCCUCAGACCUGGUUCUCCAACGGAACCGUGUGUCUGCGGGCCGAGGUCCUGGGCUGCCGGGUCCCAGACCCGGAUGACGUUGACGCCUCAGAUCCGGACCCAGGUUCUAAAGAUGUUCUGGACUUCAGGCACCACGACUACUCAGAGAUGAGGAAGCUCAUGAGGUCCGUGGCGGACCAGUGUCCGGACAUCACCCGGGUCUACUCCAUCGGGCGGAGCUUCAGGGGCCGCAAGCUCUACGUCAUGGAGAUCUCCGACCAGCCCGGAACCCACCAGCUGGGCGAGCCGGAGUUCCGCUACGUGGCCGGGAUGCACGGGAACGAGGUUCUGGGCCGGGAGCUGCUCCUCAACCUCAUGCAGUACCUGUGCCGGGAGUUCCGGGCGGGGAACCGGCGGGUGGUCCGGCUGGUGACCGAGACCCGGAUCCACCUGCUGCCCUCCAUGAACCCCGACGGCUACGAGGAGGCCUACAGCAAGGGCUCGGAGCUGGCCGGCUGGGCGGACGGACGCUACAGCGCCGAGGGAAUCGACCUGAACCACAACUUCCCGGACCUGAACAACAUCAUGUGGGACGCCCAGGAGAACCUGGGAGACCCGCGGAGAACCGCCAACCACUACAUCCCCAUCCCCGAGUACUACACCCAGGAGGACGCCACGGUGGCGCCGGAGACGCGGGCCGUCAUCAGCUGGAUGCAGGACGUCCCCUUCGUCCUCAGCGCUAACCUCCACGGCGGCGAGCUGGUGGUGUCGUACCCGUUCGACUGCACGCGGGGCUGGACGCCGCAGGAGGCCACGCCCACCGCCGACGACGCCUUCUUCCGCUGGCUGGCCUCCUCCUACGCCUCCACCCACCUGGUGAUGGCCGACCCCGCCCGCCGCCUCUGCCACUACGAGGACUUCCAGGUCCACAACAACAUCAUCAACGGAGGAGCCUGGCACACCGUCCCCGGCAGCAUGAACGACUUCAGCUACCUUCACACCAACUGCUUCGAGGUGACGGUGGAACUGUCCUGCGAUAAGUUUCCUCACGCCAGCGAGCUUCCCGCCGAGUGGGAGAACAACAAGGAGUCCCUGCUGGUCUACAUGGAGCAGGUCAGUCCCCCACGGCCUGGGCCCGGCUCAGGUCCAGUCCCUGCUGGUCUACAUGGAGCAGGUCAGUCCCCCACGGCCUGGGCCCGGCUCAGGUCCAGUCCCUGCUGGUCUACAUGGAGCAGGUCAGUCCCCCACGGCCUGGGCCCGGCUCAGGUCCAGUCCCUGCUGGUCUACAUGGAGCAGGUCAGUCCCCCACCGGCCUGGGCCCGGCUCAGGUCCAGCACUGAAACCAGUUUCUGCCUCCCUCAGGUCCACCGAGGGAUUAAAGGGGUCGUCAGAGACAAGACCACCAAACGAGGAAUCGCAGACGCAGUGAUCCGAGUGGAAGACCACGACCACGACAUCCGAUCAGCUGCCGAUGGGGACUACUGGAGACUCCUGAACCCGGGGCAGUACCGGGUCCGGGCUCUGGCGCCGGGCUACCUGCCCUCGGCGCGGCGGUGCAGCGUCGACACGGAGCCCCGGCCCACCGUCUGCGACUUCACCCUCACCAAGACCCCCGUCCAGAGGCUGAAGGAGCUCCGCGCCGGGGGGGCCGGGGGGGCCGGGGGGGCCGGGGGGGCCCGGGUCCCGCAGGACCUGCAGCUGCGCCUCCGGGCCCUGAGGCUCCGCAAGCUGCGUGCCAGCACCAAGGCCAUCAACCGGCGCCGGGAGGGCCAGAGGCUGCAGGCCCGGAGCACCCGGAGGACCCGGAGGACCCGGAGCACCCGGAGGACCCGGAGGACCCGGAGGACCCGCAGGGCCCAGAGCCAAACCCGGGAAACCCCGGAAUCUGGGCUCAGGAGAGCAGAACGGGACCUGGACUGAAGUCCACGUGUGGUUUGCUGGUAAAUGUCAGGUUCCUCCACCGACCAGCAGAGGGCAGCAGCAGCUGCUCAGACUCCGGGAGCCAAUCAGAGAGCAGGGUUCUGCUGUCAGCUGGUCUGAUGUGAGCAGGGUUUUCUGGACUGGAGUCCCAUUGGACAGAAGCUCUUCAAAUAAAGAUUGCGGCUCUUUCAAAGUAAAAGUCUGAGGUGUCUCAAACGUCUCUGCUUCGGUCCAUUUCAGGAGCAGCAGGAAAUUAUUGAAAAACUUUUGUUUUUUCAAUUUUCACUCACCGACGGUCUUACUGCCGAGAAAGGUGAACAUUUUAUUUGACAAUUUUGAUUUUAAUUCGGUGGUGGGUCGAUAGUGACGCCAUUGGUGAGUGAAAAUUGAAAAAAAAAAUUCAAACUUUUCCACUUUUUUCAUGAGGUGAGGCUACAGUAAGACCAACGAUGAGUGAAACUUAAAGAAGAACGUUUGAUCAUUUUCACUUUCUUCAUGAGGUGAGGCCUGAUUCACUCAGUCGCGGCUGUGCGGCGGACCUGUCCGGGUUUGCACGGUGUCAGAACCGCCUGCCAGCAGAUCAGUCCUUCACACUCCCCGCACGGCGGUUUCUAAAUAGAAAUUAUGGAAUGAAAUCCCUAUCAAAAUUCAAGAGCAUUUUAAAUUGAUUUGAGAGCAGCAUUUAUUGAUUUCAUUUUCGGAUUCCGUGAUAUCGUCUCUCAGAACUCUG